UGCAGAGAUGUUUUGGUUGGCUGCUUUGUGUUUCCUGCUCCUGCAGACCGGAGCGUCAGGGUUUGGUAUAAGCCUCAUCGGCUCAUCGAGUGGAGGUGGAGACUCUCUGAUUCAUGAGGAGAUCACACAGAGAGCGCUCCUGAAUGCCACUGCGCAGGCGUGCCGCUCUCUGGCUCUGGCUGAGGGCAGAGACUUCACUUUCCCUACUUUGAAUGUUGAGUCCGUUGCUUCUGCUUGUGAUGCAUCAAAAUCAUCCAAGAGCUUCCGAAGUGCCAUCAAGUCCGUCCAAAGCAUGAAUAGAGAAGUAGAUACAGAACAUUACGACCUGCCACACUUCCACUUUGACAAUGAAGAAUUUGUCAAAGGAAGGAGAAUCAUCACAGAAGGAUUGUCGGCUGUGAAGGCCAGCAACAGGCUGGAAAACUUUGAGGCUGCGAGAGAAAAACUGGGACGACUCUUACAUCCUUUACAGGACUUCUACAGUCACAGUAACUGGGUGGAAAUGGAAAACCAAGUUCCAAACUCCAACCUGAUCAGAUCUCAAACCAGUAUCGGAAACAUUGCAGCUAGAACCAGACCAACCUGUCGCAAUUGUAACGGGGACAUCUGCAACAACAACAUUUUGGAGGACAUUUUGUCGGAGCACAUACUGACCUCUGGAUAUUUUGAUUUUGUGCCAUUUUUCUCCUCCAAACCAGAAGGAAAAUGCAGCCAUGGAGGAAGAUUAGAUCGAACCAGUUCGAUUGAGCCGAAAGGAGGGAUCAACAAAGACACUUUGACAGCCAGCCACGGACACCUGCACAUGGAGGCAGCUAACAUGGCGAUCGCUGCGACCAGUCAGCUGCUGGAGGACGUCCGAAAGGCUGCUGGAGACAAACAGUUCCUCCAGAUGAUGGGACUCUCCAGAGGUAAAGCUCUCUGUUUUGUGAUCGACACAACAGGAAGCAUGGGAGAUGACAUCGCAGCAGUGAGGACCACCACAGCCUCCAUCAUCGACAGUAAAGUGGGGACAGAGGAUGAGCCCUCUCUUUACAUUCUCGUCCCUUUCAAUGAUCCAGAUUUCGGGCCUCUGAUGAAGACUACAGACCCAGUCGCCUUCAAGAAUGCUAUUAAUGCACUAACAGCCAGAGGUGGAGGGGAUUUCCCAGAGAUGAGUCUCUCAGGGCUUCAGCUGGCUCUGACCGGUGCUCCCCCUAACUCUGAGAUCUUCCUCUUCACGGACGCAACUGCUAAAGACAGUCACCUGAGAGGCGCCGUGAUCGCUCUCAUAGAGAGCACCAAGUCAGUGGUGAACUUCAUGAUUACUGGCAUCCUGGGAUCACGUCGUCGGAGACAGAAUGAUGACAACGAAAGCCAACAACAAAACCACCGUUUGGUGAAAACAGACGCCCAGCUGUACAGAGACAUCUCUCAGAUUUCAGGAGGUCUGUCUAUUGAGGUCUCAAAGAGCCAGCUCCUCGAGGCCACCAGCAUCAUCACAGAGUCCUCCAGCUCCUCUCUGGUGAACCUCCUGCAAGCGGCCAGGAAUCCUGGAAAGGCCGAGAACUUCACCUUCACAGCUGACGAGUCAGUAAGAAACCUGACAGUUUACAUCACCGGGAGCGCUGUCACCUUCACUCUCAUCAGCCCCUCAGGUGUGUCUCAGGACAGCACCGUCACUACAGGACCGCUGGUCACUGCCUCCCAGUUGGUGGGAAACUUCAAGACUCUGCAGCUAAAGUCAGAAGCUGGACUCUGGGAAAUUAAAAUGGUGUCAACAAAUCCCUACAUCCUGAAGGUCGUAGGUGAGAGUCCCAUUGACUUCCUGUUUGACUUCUUGGAGGUGUCCCAGGGCCCUCAUGGAGGUUUUGACAUCUUGGACAAUCGACCCAGAAGUGGUGUUAACGGGAGCCUGAUCGUCACGGUUACUGGGAGCGAUUCGGCCAUGCUGACGGACGUAAUUUUGGUUGAGUCUUUGGGGUCAGGAGAGGUUAACGGCAGCGUGGAGGCUCUGGGCGGAGGUCAAUUCUUUGUGCAGUUUGACAGCAUACCAGCAGAGGCGUUUGUGGUGCUCGUGAAGGGUCAAAACAACAACAGUUCCUCCAGAGUGUCAUCAUUGACCUUCCAACGGCAGUCAACCACCAGCGUCAAAGCUUCUACUGUGGCUGUCACCGCUCUUGAUUCAAAUACCAUCUUAGAGCCAGGAACGCCGCUGUCAGUUCCCUUCUCUGUGACCACGAGCGGUGCAGGAGGAACCUUUACUAUCCAGGCCACUAAUGACCAAGGUUUUACUUCCACUGCCCCGUCCAGUUUAACCCUGGACACAGGAGGCAGCACCAACGACACGGUCAUCAUCACAGCGCCUUCCAACACACCGUCUGGAACCGACGUCACCCUGACCAUCCAGGCCGAGGCUCCGGGAGGAGACACCAACUACGUUGUGCAGCGUUUUACUGUCCUUGAAACGGUGACAGACUUCAGUGAGCCAGUGUGUCAGCUGCUCAGCAAGUCUAACUGCUCUGCAGCCUGCAGCUCAGAGAUGUGGGAGCUCUCUGUCCGGGUGACCGACGGAACUAAUGGGACAGGUGUGGACCGCGUGAGUCUUGGACUGGGCAACGGCACGGUGAACACCAGCCUGAGCACUGAGAACUCAACGCUGGUGUCCUACACUGCGUCCUGCUGCUCUCCUGAUGUGGAGCUGCUGGUUGUGGAUCAGGUGGGUAACGUGGCCUCCUGUUCCUACAGCGUCCGGGCUGCGACCACCAGCCCACAACCUGUGACGGUCCUUGCGACUACCAGCCCACAACCCGUGACGGCCCCCCAACCCGUGGUGGCAGCUGUAGUGUCUUUGUCCACCAGAGCUGCUCAGUCUUUCCUCCUUUGCUUUAGCAUCACAAUCUUAGGACACAGUUUAACAUUUUAAAUGUCGGUGUGAGGAAGAUUUACAUUUUAAAAUUAUUCUCUUGUGUCCACUCAGCUGCCGGUUUAUUAGGUACACUGGCUAAAAUUGCCAUGCAAUAAAGUCUGUGAAUUGCUUUGUUUUAUACGUCCAACAUAGAAAAGCCUAACAAUACUUGAUAAAAGACUAACUAACCCCUCCUAAAAUCAAAAUAUAUGGUUAUUUAGUGCUGAUCGUGGGGUGUAUUCAGAUCCUUUACUCCAGUAAAGGUACUAAUACCACACUGAAAUUACUCCAUUACAAGUAAAAGUCCUGCAUUCAAAACUUACUGAAGUAAAAGUACAAAAGUAUCAGCAUCACAAUGUACCUCAAAAGUGUAUCAAAAGUGAAAGUACUCGUAAUGCAGAAUGGCCAGAUUGUUUUAUAUAUUCCAAAUAUAUUAUUAGAUUAUUUGUAUUGAUGCAUUUAUGUAAGCAGCAUUUUAAUUCAGUAAAGGUAGGACUCCAUCCGUUCCGCUGAGUCCUUCUCAAUCUUUAAGAAGAGACUGAAGACCCAACUCUUUACUGAACACCUUCACUCUUGAUCUACACUGACAACUACGUAUCGCACUGUCCGCUCUUGCGACCUAUAAAGCACUUGUGUCCUAAUGGACUCAAACUUAACCCAUGGCACUUACUCUAUGAUUCUUGACUUCAUCCUUGCUUGUGUUGUAUUACUCUCAUUUGUACGUCGCUUUGGAUAAAAUCGUCUGCUAAAUGACAUUGUAGAAUUGUAGACUCAUUUUAACUACUUAAUGAACUGUUAUGUAGUUUAGUAAGUCUAAUCACUUUAAAUUCAUCAUUUUUUAUGUUAAAUCUUGAACUGAAAUGUCAGUAAAGCUGUCUGCUAAAUGUUGUGAACAAUAUUUGCCUUAAAAUAUAGUUGAGUAGAAGUAUAAAAUAACAUAAAAUGGAAAUACUCAAGUAAAGUGUAUUUUCCUGUCAAAUAAAAAAUAACAUUAAAUUUUAAAUCUUAUAGCAUUUUCUCAUGGACGUCUUAUGCUUUCGCUUAAAGGUGAGAAACGUUAAUAUGUAAUGUGGGUGACAAAUGAAUGUACAAAUCAAUUUUUGUUUUCAUUUUCAGUAUUUUUUUAAUACUGCUGUAAAACUAACUAAAAGCUAUGUAAUAUUUAUUGCAUGAACUAUAUGUGCUGUAUGUAUUACAGGCUAUCUGGUGUCAUUUAAAACUUUGUUUAAAAGUUAAAUGGGGUUGUAAAUAUGUCAGUUUAAUUAUGAUACUUAAUUUAUCAAUAAUCUAAGGAUGAUUUAUUCAUAUUUUGAGUGUUUAUGCUAAUAUUAAGUUGUGAAAUAGUAAUGAAUAAUUACAUUUAUUUGAUCAUUUUAAAUUGUAAAGGGUUGUUUCUUCUUACACAAUGAUUAAUACAUAAAUGAUGAAAAAAUAAAACUUUGUCUUGUGUUGUUUAGAUGGAAUCUCUGUUGGUCCAACAUCAAUAUUUACAGCACAGCAAUGUGUGAUUAUUCAAACUAUAUGAAUUAGAAA